GUACUUACUACCCUACCGUACAGUGACAUGAACUAAACAACCCACCUACCUACCCUACCCAUGACUGAACCUAAACCCCCCAUCCGCCAUCAUUCUUCACUCCCCUUCCCUCCAGCACCUACAUACUGUACAUCUACCGUCCCUUCCCUUCCGUCCCCCUUCCCCUCCUUGCAUACAACCAAGUCCCUUUCCCCCCCAAAAAGAGACCAAUCACCUCCCUCAUCUCAACCCGCAAACUCUCCAUAAGUUUCCAGUGGAGCAACCGGAGCCCGCGUCGAUCAGGAACCGCUCACCCGGCAAGGCGGCCUACCGGUACUAAGUCCAGCAUUCAUAACAGGCCUACGGAGUAACUUCACCUA